AUGAGCGGUUUCAAUCUCACGUUUUUCGAAGAAAACGAAGACGCGGAAGAAGAGUCCGGAUCAGAGUCAGCAGACGAAGGACCGCCUGAAAAGAGUCAAAAGACAGCAAAAAAGGUAUAUGUACAGCAAUUCAGACAUCAGUGGUUAGAGGAUACAGAAUUUAAGGAUUGGUUGGUACGCCCGCGUCCUGGGGAAAAUGCUUGCUCCUGCAAAUUGUGCAACAAGUCAGUAUCGUGUCGGAAGACUGCUCUUCGACGACACACUCAAUCUGCACAACACAAAAGGGCACUUUCAGAGAUAGCGGCUGGACAAAGACAAGGCAACCUUGUUGAAUGCCUACAACGUCAAAACGAAAUCACCACCUAUAAAGAAACAACAGAGGCUCGAAUGUGCUCCUUCCUUGCACAGCAUAACCUGCCAUUGAGUUUGAUAAAUAAUUUGAUGAGUUUGUUCAAGUCAGUUGCACCUAAAAAUGGGAAAGAAGUCGAGAUCCUCAAAGGGAUCCAUUUGUCAUCCACACGGUGCACUAACAUUAUAAGGCAAGGUGUUGGAUUGUAUUUUCAAAUGGAGCUUGUGGAAAUCUUACGAAAAUCGAAAUCGUAUUUCAGCAUAAUUCCUGAUGAAACAACCGAUGUUUCCACCGAAAAGCAAUUAGGAAUAUGCGUGGUAUAUUUUGAUGAAAGCGAUAUGAAGAUUGUCACCAGAUUUUUGACAUGGUAUCUGUCGUAG